AUGGUCAACGAUACCGAUGACGACAUAUGUUCGACUGUAGAUGACAUAGAGAAGUACAAAGCAAAAUUUCGUAAGUUGUCGACUGCGCUUGAUAAACUGAUAUUAGAUGAAGUGGAACCAAUAUCGGCUGCUCGGUUAAAUGCGCUAUUUGAUCGAUGGAUCCAGGUGAAAAAAACGUUUGAAAAAAUGUGCUUUUGGCUUUCAGAGUUUGACUUGAAACAAUAUCAAGGUGAGAUUGAUGCACUAGAAGGAAGGUUAGCAAAAAUGCGAAAAAUCCAUUUUUCUUUCAAGCAUAAGAUUGACCUGAUUCAAAAACCUUUGAAGGAGAGUUGUAUAGAAGCAAAACCUGAUGGAAACAGUAACAAAGAACAAAUAAGACAUGGAACGAUCGAAGGGGUGACAAACGAAGAAAUUGUCUUAGAUAAUCAGAGCAGGCACCUGAAUGAUCACGGUGCUCAAAACUAUGUAUUGAACCGCCUCGAAAAUUGUGUUGUCUGGAUACUAGAUGAGAUUUUUUCACUAAAACUAAUGAAUUUGAAAAACUGCAAAGUUUAUGCCAUACCAAUCAAUGGAAGUGUUUUGGUAGAAAAAUGUGAGAAAAUCACAUUGCACUUGGCCGCCAGACAAUUGAGAAUUCAUGAGACAAAAUACGGCGAUUUUUACAUUUGCACGCACACCUUUCCGGUGAUAGAAAACUCGAGGCAUCUGAGAGGAGCGCCAUAUAACUUGAAGGGAGAAAGAGUAAAAAAAUUAUUGCAAAAGUACAGGCUCAACACGGAGAAUGAAUCUUGGAAGCACGUUCGUGACUUCGGCUACUCAGAGCCGAGCUGGACAGUUAUCCCGCAAGAUCAAAUAAAAGCCGUUGAAAAAGAAAUGUGA